ACCACUACAAUAGAACAGUGCACUCAGUUUCCACUGAUUUUCUUGAAGAUGAUUAUUUCAGAAAGAUGAACAAAACAGAUUACACUUAUUCACGGAGUCCUAGUUAUAGAAGAAAAGCAGAAAGUUCUUAUUACCAAAUCCCCAAUAUGUCUCGUGCACAUGUGAAGGGGAAAGUAACUCCUUACAUGAGCGGUGAUUUAUAUGUCAGUUCAGAUGAGGAGGACAUUAAUUAUGUAAUGGAAAAAAGACUGUCCACCAGAACUGUUUAUGAGGAUGGAAUUCUACUUCGUUCAGGCAACAGUUUAAAAAAUGCGAGGACUGUGAUAGAGAGUCAAAAUGUGAAGAACAGAAGAUCACUGCAGGGCUUGAACAUGAACAAGAAUGCUAGGGAGUCUAGGAGAUCACUACAGUCCCUGAACACAAUGGACGAUGUCCGGCAAUCCAGGAGCACUACAAGGACAUCACGAUCACGGAGAUCCCAGGCCUCCAAUCUUGUCACCAGCACUAACCAGAUGUCAGAGACAAGGUCAUCCACAAGGUCAUCAUCAGCCUCUGUGUCAUCUCUGACAUCAUCAAAGUCAUCCUUCAUAGACUCUGUCAGGAAAACUCUGAUUGGAGAGUUUAAUAAUUUGGAAAUGGAGAAAGGAAUGAAAGAAAUCCAGAACUCUAAUAGAAAAAUCAAGUUAUAUGGUUUGGAUCAAGUAGACUCGGAUGAAAUGUCAGGAAUUGAAUCUGAAGUAGAGUUUACUGGGACCAACAUGUCAGGUUACCACUCAAACUCUUCACAUAGUAGGAGCCACACAAGGAACUCCCAGUCUGAUACCACCACCAGCACCUCCACAUCAGAUUCCUCAUCAUCGGUGGUCACCACCGUCACCACCACUGUCAUCACCACAAUCAUUGAAACCAUUUCAACAGCAGCCAGGCCUGUCGCUGAACCAGUCUGGAACAACAUAGGAGAACCAGUCUGGAAUCAUGUAGGACGACCGGUGUGGAAUCGUGUGGGGAAGCCGGUGUGGACCUAUGUGUGUCGACCACUCUGGUCACUGACCAGCAAGGUGUUAUCCUCGGUCCUCCUGUUGUUGUUUCACCUCAUCUGGACCUCCACUUUACAACACCUUGUUAAUGGUUGUGCUUUUGCUACACAGAAAACCCUAUCAGCUGCUCAAUCUGUAUUAGUACAAUUGAUUAUCUGGGAAAUACGAUUUUUCUCAAGGAUGUCCUAUUUCUCCCGGAUGUGCUGUAUUGUCUUGCCACUGUUACUGAUUUUACCAUUGUUAUUGUUUACAAUUUACCCUUACAUCACACCGGCAGCUUUCACAGAUAUCAGGGAUAAUGAUUCUGUACUGGAUUUAUCAAAGAUGGACAGAUUAAGUCAUCAUGAACUAAGGGAACACGUGAGAAGGAUAGUCAUACAGAUCAGUGAGGGGCGAGAAGAAUCUCUCUCUGUUGGGGAAGUAGAAAGAAUUGUAUCCACAAUGGUGGAACAGAGAUUGAAUGAAGAAAAACUAGCCAAUCAGAAUCGCUGGCUAGAGGAGGAGGCAGCUAAACAGGAAGUAGAGAAAACAAACAUCACAGAGGAGAUAUUGAGGGUCCUCCAGUACCUCAAUGUGAGGGGGGAUAGCCUUACAGAGGGGGACAUAAGGGCUAUUGUUGGGGAGAUGGUCAAGCAUGAAGUCACGGGGCUACAGGAUCGCAUUACAGAGCAGGCAAAAUCACAGGUGAUGGAGAAGACAGAGAAUGGUGAAGUGAUGCUGGCUAUUCAGAAUGAUCUCAAAAUAAGUAUCACUAAUCUUGAGCAAAAAUUGGCAGAUGAACUUGAGAGAAUAAAAAGCCCUUCAAUGGAGGGUAGUGAUUCCACAGUGGAAGCCUCAGCUAGCCUUCUACAGAUACAAGACGAUUUGUCCUCAGUGCGAGCUCGACUAGAAAGCCUAGAACUGGAGAAAUCUUGGUUAGCAGGACAGCUCAAAAACUGCUGUAGGAAUGAGAGUUUCUACAUGGCCUUGGUGCAGGACAAGGUCAAUUUAAUUCUGGGUCAGAUAAUGUCAGGGAAUGAUACUGGCAGUGCCGACCAGUACACGUUUGGAGCUUGGUUAAACUCGACAUUUAUCAAGAAAAGCGACUUAGAGAAAUACAUGGCAGAUUUUGGUGAUGAGCUCAGCAAUAAAAUUCUACAGGAAAUGUCAAGGACGGAAGCCACCGAGGUCUAUGUAUCAGAAUCAGGGGGGCAGAGUGUGGUGACAGAAAAGGUUGUGAGACAGAUAGUGACUGAAGCUUUGGAGAAGUUCAGUGCAGACAAAAUAGCCCUGCCUGAUUUUGCUUUAGAAUCUGCAGGUGGAAGUAUUAUCAGUACAAAGUGUUCUGAGACAUUCCACAAAAACACGGCUCGUCUGAGUAUCCUGGGGAUUCCCUUGUGGUAUGUCUCCAACUCACCUCGCAGUGUCAUACAGCCAGAGACACAGCCUGGGUCCUGUUGGGCAUUUCAGGGUGAUAAGGGUCACCUUGUAAUUGAGCUAUCAGACAACAUCACCCCCACAGCCUUCACCUUGGAGCACAUCCCCAAGUCCCUGGCUCCUGAAGGAAAAAUUGAUAGUGCCCCCAAAGACUUUACAGUCAUAGGCCUGAACAAUGAAAAUGACAAAGUAGGGGAGCGCUUAGGGAACUUCACCUAUACAGAUGCUGGUCCUCCUCUACAGUCAUUUAAAGUACAGAAACCAAACGUUGGUGUUUACAAGUUUGUUCAACUGAGUAUAUUGAGUAACCAUGGAAAUCCAUUGUAUACAUGUCUAUAUAGAUUCAGGGUGCAUGGUAUACCACACAAACCAAAGAAAAGGGAGAAAAAUUAACCUAGUAUUGAGAUACAUACAAACUUUAUGAAAAUCUGUGAACAGUGUUCUCACAGAAAUAGAUUUACCAGUGCAAAAAAAUGUGAAUCCUGUGAUAAACAAAAUAUUGGUGACUUUAAAAAAUAUUUAGUAAAACCUUGGGAAGAUCAGGGGAGAAAAAUAAACAAUCAAAAUAAUAGACUUUUCCCUUGGAGGUACAUUUAGAGAUUGUACAUUUU